AUGGCGGAUUACGGCGCUGAAGCCUGGCAGUUGAGGAGAGCUAAACUCUGCGUGGCUCUGGCCGUGAUAAAGAGCAGGCCUGCGGGGACGAGCGGCCGGCAACACGCCCAAGAUAUAGCGGAUAAACUCAAACAGCGGGAGGAGAACUGGAGGAGUAGAGCAGAAGAGCUUAAAGGGGAGGUUUUAGCUCUGCAACAGGAGCUGAUGCUCGGCAAACUGCUGCACAGGCAGAGACGCGGCGCGGAGACAGGGAGAGGUGAAGAUGUGCUAAAGCUCCUCUCCCAGGAUCUCCCAGAAGCCCAGCUUUCGGGAAACGACUCCGGUUGCGACACCCAGACCCUUUCCUUGACGCCUGACCCCGCCGACACUCCCGUCUCCUCCACACUCCCUACAUCCACCCGGCCAUGUCAGUCAUCAUUCCUCAGAGAUACCCGAGAAUGUGUACUCUCUAAACACAUGCAGUUUCUGCACAACCUAAGUGCAUUACGUGGGUCAGGGAGAAAUAAACACAUCGACAGUGAGGACGCGGUUAUAGAAGACACAGCUCUUAACAUGAUGGAAUCUGUAGUGGAGGCGCACCGAGAGGCCGGAGGAGGAAGAUUAGGAGACGUUUCUCAGCUGGAUCGCUUCGUCCAGGCUUCACGCUUGGCCGCGCAGGCCCUGGAGAGGGUAGUCGGCAAGCAGAAAGUUUUGGAAAGAGCAGAAGAGCUGCUGGAGGAGCUGCUCGAGCUGCUGCUCAGCAGUAGUCAGCUUAAUAAGUUUGCGGUGCAGGGCAAUCUUUCGGAGUGUCUGAUCUGUCUAGGAGGCGCCAGCGCGCUCAGAUCUCUACUAGUUCAACUCGUGCUUUCCCGCAUCGUCUGCUUAGCUGAGGAUCUCUGGAACGCCUGUCAGAAAGUGCCCGAGGGACAGCAGCCGCAGCACAUAGACUGGGUCAGGUACGAGAACUCCUUUUACCUUUUUUGGACCCUAGAGCAGCUGAUUCGAACUAGGUCGGGUACAUCAGGGACUGAGCAGCACCACCUUCAAGCCCAGUUGGAAAAACACAUCCUCCCUCUUUCAGAUGAGUUUCCGCUGUUCGCUCUUUACAUGUGGAGAAUUCAGGGUCUACUUAAGCCUGCUUGCACCCAAAGGACCUAAACUUCAAGGCUUGUUUUCCUGGUGUGGUGUGUUUUACUCUGUUUCAUUAGUUUUCCCUUUCCUCUAUCCCUCUGGAAAUCGAAUGUUGUUUUAUUUAAACAUGUGCAAUUUAUGUGCAAAGUAGAAAUAUGUUGACAUUCUGCACAGUUAAUAGCCAGGUCUUUGGACUAAACCUAAAAAAG